CCAACAGCUGUUCAUCGCGACACUAAUUAAUUGUUGUUGUUGUUUUUUAGUUUGGUUUGUUGGGCUCGGACUUUUGUACGUUUUUGAAAUUAUUAAAUAGAGAAAGUACAAAAUGCACAGCAUUGGAUGGACGCUUAUUGUGAAACGUGGCUGCUUCUGCAGCAAAGAAAGACUCAACAUCAAUGGUUCCCGCUACACAGUACGCGAGCGACUCGCACAAGGGGGCUUCAGUUUAAUUGACCUGGCGGAGAAUGCGGCAACGCGGCGCUGCUACGCGAUAAAGCGCAUCACUUGCCACAGCAUCGAGGAUCAGAAUAUCGCCCUGCGUGAAAUCGAGAAUUGCCGCAAAAUCGAUUCGGAGCAUGUGAUUCGCGUGGUGGACUAUGAGCUGAUUGGCCACGCGGACAUUGUGAUAAAUACGACGAGCACGUUGUUCAUUGUGCUGCCUUACUACAAGCAUGGUUCGCUGUGGGAUCAUCUACAGCUGCGCGCCCGCAAACAGGAUCAUAUGCCUGAGGCGCAGAUAUUGCAAAUAUUUCUGGGCAUCUGUGAGGGUCUGCUAGCUAUACAUGAGGCGAAGCCAGUACCCUUGGCGCAUCGUGAUUUGAAAACUGCCAACAUAUGUUUGUCUGACUCUUUCGAGCCGAUCAUUGUGGAUCUGGGCUCGAUGACGGAGGCACGCCUGCAAAUCUGCGGCCAAUCGGACGCCCAGCGACUGCAAGACGAGGCCGAGGAGCGCAGCUCAAUUGUCUAUCGGGCACCCGAAUUGUUCACCGUCAAAACUUACUGCACCAUAGACGAGCGCACCGAUAUUUGGAGUCUUGGCUGCGUGCUUUAUGCCAUGUGCUACUUUAACAGCCCCUUCGAUCCCAUUUACGAACGUGGUGAUAGCGUGGCUUUGGCCGUACUCAGCGGCAAUGUCAACAUUCCAGAGGAUUCAAUUUAUACAGAGGAUAUGCACGAUCUUAUUAAGUAUAUGCUGCGCAUCGACCCUAUGGAACGGCCCUUCAUAUACAGUGUCAUUGAGCAGACGCACGAUCUUAUACAGAAGUUAGAGGGUCGCGUGUAGCCUCAAUCUUGAUGCCUCAAUUCCGAAUCAGUCCUAGUACACCGCUAUACAUAACUGUUUUUUGACUACGUUUUAUUGUAAUAUACAUAAAUGUGCACGUAUUUUGUGAAACUAA